AUGCGACUCUCGUACGCUUUCGUCUUCGCCGUCUCGUCGACACUGGUCGCCUCGCAGAGUGCCUCCAGCCUGGUUGCGCAGCUGCCUUCGUGUGCAAUCAGUUGUCUGGCGAGCGCGUCAACAACAAAUGGAUGUGGAAUCUCAGACUACGCAUGUCAAUGCGGUGCAAAGAAGGCGGAUAUCACCAAGACUGCUACCCCAUGUGUUCUCUCUGCUUGCUCUCAAGACGAUGCCCUGAAAACCAACUCCUUGACCGGCCAAAUAUGUAAGGCAGCUUCUUCAGUUCAGACUUCGGCGACCAACGGUGGAUCGUACGCCUCCUACUUCCCAAGCACCAGCAAGUCAUCAGCUACCAGCGUACCAUCUGUUAGCUAUCCCGCAAACCCACCACCAGCCAGUACACCGGCGGCGUCCGCACCAGCUUCAAAUCCACCAGCUACCUAUCCACCAGCUUCAAAUCCACCAGCAGCAACCGUAUCGUCAGCUCCAUCCGCAACGACCAGUGGUCCCAUUCAAGCAACCGGCGCAGCCUCGAGGGUCAAUGGAGGAGUAUUCGCUGCCGCUGCUGUCGUUCUUGCCGCUUUUGCUCUGUAA